AUGUCGUGGCACGAUCGCGCGCGCGUCGACUCGAAUCCGGUGGUUUUCUUCGACGUGACGAUCGGCGGCGCGAGCGCGGGGCGGGUGACGUUCGAGCUCUUCGCCGACGUCGCGCCGAAGACGUGCGAAAACUUCAGGCAGAUGUGCGCGGGGGAGUUUCGCUCGCGCGAGGGCGCGCCGCGAGGGUACAAGGGGUGCGCGUUUCAUCGCGUGAUCAAGGAUUUCAUGAUUCAGGGCGGGGACUUCGUCAACGGCGACGGCACGGGGUGCGCGUCGAUAUACGGAUCGAAGUUCGACGACGAGGCGUUCGUCGGCAGGCACACGGGUGCGGGGUUGCUGUCGAGCGCGAACAGCGGGCCGGACACGAACGGGUGCCAGUUCUUCGUGACGUGCGCGAAGACGGAGUGGUUGGACGAUAAGCACGUGGUGUUCGGACGCGUGCUGGGAGACGGGAUGUUGGUGAUUAGAAAGGUGGAGAACGUGGCGACGGGGGGCGGGAAUAAGCCCAAGCUGCCGUGCGUGAUCGCGGAGUGCGGCGAGAUGUAG